AUGUAUCAUCACGCACGUAAACUGUUCGACGAAAUGCCUCAACUAAAGUGUCCACGGACUAUCCUUUCCUUCAAUGCCCUUUUGGAUUCAUGCGUUAGGUCAGAGAGAUAUGAUGAAAUUGGCGGGUUGUUUCGUGAAAUGCCCGCGAAAUUGUCGAUUGAGUCUAAUUUACUGUCUUAUAACCUUGCGAUUAAGGCGUUGUGUAAGGCUGGUUCUUUCGAUUCUGCUGUGCUUUUGAUGGAUGAGAUUGAAGAGCAUGGGAUUAAGCCGGAUACUGUGACUUGUAAUACCUUGUUAAGCACACUUUAUGAAAGUAAAAGUAAUUCUGAAGCUGAAAAUUUGUGGGUUGUGAUGGAAAAGAGAAAUAUUCUUCCUGAUAUUUGCAGUUAUAAUAUUAGAUUACGAAGUUUGGUUAAAGUUAAUGAGAGAGUUGUUGAUGGCUUAGUUGAGCACUCUAAGAUUGAAAAUGCAAAGGAGCUGGUUAAGUUGGCCAAGUCUUGUAAGAGAUUCCUGUAUAAGCUUUCGUUGCCUCCGCGUAACUAG